CAAACGGAGUGGAAGAGAUAAGGUGGGUCUGGUGGACUCGAAGGGUUGGGGAAGAGGGAAAAAGAGCGAGAAGGCAAGUUUUAAGGCGGUGGACAGAGGCAUCCAUGAUGUACCUUUCUGCUUCGCCAUUUGUUGCUUCGCCUUCGUCGGCAACGACAGCAGCUGCGACUCUUAUGGAGAGCGGCCGCACCUUCCUCUGCGGGCAGCGCCUCCCCCUUCCCGCCCCUGCGAGGACCUGGGCACUUGCUCGUCGUCCCGUCAUCGAGGCCAAGGCAGUGACCCGGAGAGAGAACCGCGCCGCCCGCCACCAGCGCAUCCGAAGGAAGGUUGAGGGUACCCCAGAAAGGCCGAGGAUGAGUGUUUUCCGUUCCAAUAAGCAUCUAUAUGUGCAAGUGAUUGAUGAUACUAAGAUGCACACAUUGGCUUCAGCUUCAACGAUGCAGAAAUCUGUAUUGGAGGAAGUUGAGUACACUUCGGGACCCACAAUUGAGGUGGCAAAGAAGGUUGGUGAAGCCAUUGCCAAGUCUUGCUUGGAAAAAGGGAUCACCAAGGUGGCUUUCGACCGUGGUGGUUACCUAUAUCAUGGGCGCAUGGAAGCACUAGCCAACGCUGCGCGAGAGAAUGGUCUUCAGUUCUAAAUCCCAGUGAAUGGUGGGAAGAUUACCAGAAAUGUCUUCUUUCGUGUUUCAUAAAACCAGAGGAGCCAGAAUGGUAGGAGGUGUUACCCUGCAAGUCAGGUGCACACUUGAUCAGAUAUUUUUGUGUCGUGGAGCCCACUCAUGAUAUUUUUUUGGUUGUUCAAGUCUAAAGAAGUUCAAUUUGUUUGCAAACUUUCCUUUUUGUGUGUGUGAGAAUUGAAUCCAAAGUAUUGUAGAGGUCCUUGCUGGAGUACAUCUGGACUUAUUUUAAGCAGGUGACGGUUGAAAAAUGUUGCUGUCUGUGAAAACUUUUAAUUUCUAUCAUGUCAACCCAAAAAGAGUGGCAAAA